GUCGAAGAAUACCAAGUUACAUGGAUUAUUUCAAAAAAGUUUUCUAAGUAAUUAAAAGGUUUUUACCGUUAAAUUACCUGUAAAAUACUGAUUCAUAUCUCGAGUCACGCCUCUAGUGAAACUCACUUCAACUAACCUAAAAAUAAUCUAUAUGAUGGAGGAAUAGCUUUUCUAUCCAUUUUACUAUUUAUGUGGUUGUUGCCAUAGUUACUGAGUUUAUCUUCUUUGUUUUUCCUAUUAUGUACCUGUUAUAAUUUGAUUAGAACAGAUUCAUAUUCAAGAGAGAAAUGACGGUGUAUUUUGACCUGAGAGUUCAAAAUCCAGAAACAGCAUCAAUAAAUACAAUUGCUAUCUGGCAUUCGAAUUUUCCUUUAUUAGCAGUUGCUUCUUAUUCUCAUAAUAAAGGAGGUUUUGUGAGAAUUUAUGAUGAUCAUGGAGAACCUUGUCAAGAUGCAGAACCUUCAGAGUAUCGUGUUUCUCAAGUUACUGCAUUACAGUGGCAUCCUGAAAAGAAAAUAUUGGUAGCUGGUUGGGAGAAUGGUGAAAUGAAAAGUUGGUGUGAUGAUAUAAAAAAAAAGAAAUUCUCUGAAAUUUCUUCUCUCCAUAAAAGUCAAAUUUCCAUAUUACAAUGGAGUCAACGCGGGGGACGAUUAGUAUCUGCUGAUAUAGUUGGUGUUAUAACAGGUUGGACUGUGGAUUCACAAGGGCAAUUACGAAUUGUAUUUUGCCAUAAUUUAAAGGAAUCAAUUACUCACAUUGCAUUUAAAAUGUUCUCAACUAAAGUAUCUCAUCAUGGAUUUGAUCCAACAUCAGUUUCACGUGAGGAAAACUCUAAUCUUGUAUAUCCAUUAAGCUCUUGGAGACCGCGAACAGCUAUUCAAACAGCUUCUCAAACUCAAAAAGAUACCCUAUCAUUUUUUACUGGUUCCUCUGGAGGAUCAAUCCAUUACAUAAACUCAACUGGUCAAUUUACUAAAGUUUUAGAUACUGAGAGUAAAGCCAUUUAUGGACUCAUGUACCAUCAAGUUAAAGACUGCUUAAUUUUGAUGACAGAAGACUUAACAAUUAGUCAAUUUCAAGUUGAUAUUACAACAGGAAAGUUGUCUGAAUUAAUAAAAAUUAAAAUAAAUGCUAAAAAUACUUCUACAAAAACAGAAUCUAGUAUAUGCUGGAUAGGAAUUAAUACCUUAGCUAUACUUACUGGAGAAACAAGUAUUCGAUGCUGGAAUCUACAAACUGGAGAUACAUAUGUUUUAUCUAUUCCUGAAUCUCAAAAUAAAAAUGCAGAAUUUUCUUCAGAAAUAUGUACUAGUAUUUCAUUUUGUAAAUAUUCUAAUACUCUUGCAGCAGGAACUGAUCUAGGAACUAUUUAUUUUUGGAAAAAAAAAUCGACAUUAGACACUGAUGAAAAUGGUUGGUCUUUAGAUCGAAAAAAUUGUGUCGUUCAUGGGACAGUAAGGCAAUUAACAUGGAGUGGAUUAUACUUCAAAAAUUCUCUUUUAGCUGUCAACUGUAUUACCAAUGUAUUUAUUUUAUAUGAACAAGCAAUGUCUAUAGCAUAUCACGAAGAUACAAUUGCAAAACAAAUAUCCGCCACUCAACUAUUACUUGAAACUAAUCAACAGACUUGUACCGUUAACACUGAUAUUCAAAUACGAAUAUUAGGUGUGAGUAAUGAUUAUGUAGCAGUUUCUUCGGGAAAACAAAUAACAAUCUAUAGAAUCAAUAAAAGUACAUCAUUGCAUACGACAAUUGAACAAUUUUUCAACUGUGAUGUUGAAAAAAUACUUAUAUAUGAGUCUACUUUAAUUAUUUUAACUUCAACUCACAUUCAAUUAAGAACAAUUGAAGGAAGUGUAAUUCAAAUUUUACCAACAUUACCAGAAGAAGGUGAACCUAUUGUUAUGGAAUUGACAAAUCACUUUUUAACAGUAGCAUCUUUAAAUGGUAUUUUAAAAAUUUGGGAUCUCAAAAAGCGUGAAGCUAAAUUACAUACACGAGCAAUGGCAAUAUAUGAUGUGAUAAGUGAUUUUUCAGAAGUUAUUGAAGCAAAGUGUAAUAUAAAUUGUAGAUGUGUUUCACUUACUGUUGCAACAUCUAAUUUAUUACCUAGUCCAAUUUUAUACAUUUGGGACGUUGAAGGUGAUCAAAUGUUUGAAUUUGAUUUUUCUAAAUUCCAUGAACACAGUGAUAAUAGUAAUAAAACAAUUGUAGAGUCACAUAAAAAAUUAAUCACUGAACAUUUUUGGGAUACUCUUGAUUCACGUGUUCUAAUUUGUAAUAUUCAAACUAUUAAAAAUACAAACAUAAAUCAUCAUUUGCCAGUAAGUUCAACAACUGAUGAUAAAAAUAAUACUUCACUGGUAUGCAUUUUUGCAACUCCAGAACAUGGAAUAACGAUACACGAUGUUCGUUCUUUAAAUAAUGCACAAUUUCAUCUUUUAGGGGUCAAAUCUCCUCACAUGAUUCUUUUAAAUCUAACCGAUGAAAAUACUGAAAAUCAACUGACAUAUUUAUUAAUGAGAGAGUUUGAAGAAUUAAAUGACUAUGAUGAUGCAGUUAGAAAAGCAGUUAUGGAUUUUAGUUUCCAUAUUAGUAUGGCAAAUACUGAAGAAGCUUUUAAAUCAAUACAGGCUAUAAAAAAUGAAAAAAUAUGGAAAAGCUUAGCCAAAAUGUGUAUAAAAACGAAACAUUUAAAUAUGGCCAUUCUUUGUCUUGGCCAUAUGAAGUAUGUGAGAGGAUCAAAAGCUUUGAGAGCUACACUCGAAAAAUCUGACUUGAGUUUAGAAGCAAAAAUUGGCAUUUUGGCAGUUGAAUUGGAACUUUAUGAUGAUGCUGAACGUCUAUUUUUUGAAGCGAAACGAUUCGAUCUUUUAAGUAAAUUAUAUCAAGCUCGAAAUAAAUUUUCAGAUGCUAUCAAUUUAACAAAAGAAAAAAAUAAAAUAUGUGAAAAGCUUGUUUAUUAUCAGUAUGCAAAAUCAUUAGAACAAGAUGGAGAUAUUGAACAAGCAAUUGACAUGUAUACAAAGGCGGAGAGUCAUAAAUUUGAAGUACCUAGGAUUUUAUUGAAUCAACCUGCUAAACUACAGAAAUAUCUAGAAGAUACUAAUGAUUUAGAAAUAAGAAACUGGUAUGCUCAAUAUAUAGAGUCUACCGGCGACUUGGAAAGUGCCUUACGUCUUUAUGAAACUGCAAAAGAUACUCUAUCAGUGAUACGAUUACUUUGUUAUCUUGGUAGAGAAAAUGAAGCAUGUGAUUUAGUUAUGAAAAAUAAUCAUGCCGCCUCAGCAUAUCAUUUAGCUGCUCAUUAUGAAUCAAUGAAUAAUUUACCUCAAGCAGUACAUUUUUAUAGAAUAGCCAAAGCAUAUACUAAUGCUAUACGAAUUUGUAAGGAACAUGAUAUGAUUGAAGAACUGUGGCCUUUGGUAAUGCUGGCACCACGGCAAACACAAAUAGAUAUAGCAAAAUACUAUGAAGACGUUGGAAAUCCUGAUAAAGCAGUGUUAUUAUAUCAUAAAGCUGGAUUACUCGCAAAAGCAUUCGAGUUAUCAUUCGAAACACAGCAAUAUGAUAUUUUACAAUCAAUUAUAUUAGAUGUUAAAGAUGAUUCGGAUCCCAGUCUUAUAAAAAAAUGUGCUGACUUUUUUCUGGAAAAUAAUCAAAUUGUUAAAGCUAUUGAAUUACUUGCUAUUGGUAAACAAUAUAAUCAAGUUUUGAAGUUGAUUGAAGAACAUGAUAUAAUAUUAACUUCAGAUUUAGCCGAAAAAAUGACCAUUCCAAAAGAUGAUAAUAAUUCAAUACAAGAACAGUAUCGAAUAUCAAUUCUUGAAAAGAUUGGAGAAAUAGCAUUUACACAAGGCAAUUAUCAUUUAGCAUCUAAAAAGUUUACACAAGCUGGUAACAAAUUGAAAGCAAUGAAAGCACUUUUGAAAUCAGGUGAUACUGAAAAAAUUUGCUUUUUUGCUCAAGUAUCCAGAAAUCGAGAUAUAUAUAUUAUGGCUGGAAAUUAUUUACAAUCAUUAGACUGGCAAAAUCAGCCGGAAAUUUUGAAAAAUAUCAUUAAUUUUUAUUCAAAAGGAAAAGCAAUGGAUCUUUUAGCUAAUUUCUAUACGACUUGUGCUCAAGUAGAGAUAGAUGAGUUUCAGAAUUAUGAGAAAGCAUUAGAUGCACUGAAUCAAGCUGCUAAAUGCUUGUCAAAACUUACAUCACCUAGAGAUUCACUAGCACAAAAAAAGGCUGUUGAACUUAUUAACACGCGAAUAAGUAUAAUCAAACGUCUUUUAGAAAUAAAAAAAUUAUUCAUCGACGGUGAAGGUGAAAGAGCAAUUUCUCAAGGAGAAGAACUUAUAGCUACAUAUAAAGAUACUUUAAAUCAAUGUAUACGUUUGGGAGAUCUAUUUUCACUGAUUACGCGGCAUUACAUGAAAGUUGGAGACUUACAAAAAGCACGAGCUUCUAUAGAAGAACUAAAAUAUUUAGUACCUGGUGUUGAUUUAAACUGUUUUUAUAGUAAUGAUUUAUUAAAAUCUUUAGGUCAUCAAACAAAUAUUUCAAAUCAAAAGCAUGAAAAUAAAGAUUAUGAAAUCGAAGAACUUUUAGAUGAAUAA